GGCGGGUUUACUACGAUGACUGAGGUGGGCGUGGUGAUGCCAGAGUCGGUGGGUGGGGUCGUGACGUCAGUGCAGAGGCAGCGCGAGGUGCAUUGUGGUAGAAUCCGCAGCAGCCGGGACCGGCGGGAGGGACUGAGGGGCGCGUCUCGGAGAGAAUCAGCGACCCCUCCCCUUUGGUACCCAAAGCCCCGGGAGGAGCAUGAACCCCAGCCGGGAACCGCGGUCAAUGUUUCUAUACGAUCUGGAGCGGGGCGCAUCCUUUCGGGGUGGCCCAUGCAGUGCUUAGCGGCUGUGAUCAAGGACGACGGAAACAUGAGUGGUGGAGCAGAGCAGGUGGAUAUCCUGCCAGUCAGCUAUGUCGUCAAGGACCGCUGGAAAGUACUCAAGAAGAUCGGAGGAGGAGGAUUUGGGGAAAUCUAUGAAGCGAUAGAUCUGCUGACGCGGGAAAACGUCGCACUGAAAGUGGAGUCUGCGCAGCAACCGAAGCAAGUGCUGAAAAUGGAGGUGGCAGUGCUGAAAAAACUGCAAGGAAAGGAUCAUGUCUGCAGGUUUAUCGGCUGUGGGAGGAAUGAGAAGUUUAAUUAUGUGGUCAUGCAGCUUCAGGGAAGAAACCUGGCAGACCUGCGGCGGAGUCAGCCCCGUGGAACCUUCACCAUGAGCACAACCCUCCGUCUGGGCAAACAGAUCCUGGAAUCCAUAGAAUCUAUUCACUCCGUAGGCUUCCUGCAUCGUGACAUUAAACCAUCUAACUUCGCUAUGGGACGGCUGCCAUCAACCUACCGUAAAUGUUACAUGCUGGACUUCGGCCUGGCGCGCCAGUAUACCAACACCACGGGGGAAGUGCGCCCGCCUCGCAAUGUUGCUGGAUUCCGUGGAACUGUGCGAUAUGCAGCAGUAAAUGCACACAAGAACAGGGAGAUGGGCCGGCACGACGACCUCUGGUCCUUGUUUUAUAUGUUAGUUGAGUUUGCUGUUGGGCAACUGCCCUGGAGAAAGAUUAAGGACAAGGAGCAAGUUGGGAUGAUUAAAGAGAAAUAUGAUCACCGGAUGCUACUCAAGCACAUGCCAUCUGAGUUCCACCUGUUCUUGGAGCACAUUUCCAAUCUGGACUACUUCACCAAACCAGACUAUCAGAUGAUCAUGUCAGUGUUUGAGAGCAGCAUGAAGGAACGAGGGAUCACAGAGAACGAGGCCUUUGACUGGGAGAAAGGAGGAACAGAUAUCCUACUCUCCACCAGCUCCUCCACUCCCCCUCAGCAGAACACCCGGCAGACGGCAGCCAUGUUUGGGGUGGUGAAUGUGACUCCAGUACCAGGUGAUUUAAUGCGGGAAAACACAGAAGAUGUCCUGCAGGGAGAGCAUCUCAGUGACCAGGAAAAUGCCCCACCAGUGCUUCCAUGCCGGCCAGCUGACAUCACUGGUCAAACACCCAAUCUGGGCUUUAAUGAUACUGAGAUUUGGGAAGAGACAGAUGUAAAUCGCAACAAGCUCAGGAUUAGCAUCAGCAAGACACAGUGCCUGAUGGAAGAGGAUCCCAGUCGGGGAGGUUGUCCCAGUUCACCUGUACGGGCUCCUCCAGAAUCCCCUACCACCCAGGCUCGUUCCCUCCGCUACAGACGUAUCAAUAGUCCUGAGUCAGACCGACUAUCUACAGCUGACAGGGCAGAGCUGCCAGAGAGAAGGUCUCGGAUGGACCUCCCUGCUUCCCCAUCCCGUCAGGUCUGUUCUUCUCAGCCGGCCCAGAUGUUGUCCAUUGACACUGGGAAUGCUGAUCGCCAGGGCAGUGGAAGGAUGGAAGUUUCUGCCUCAGUGGAACAUGAAGCUUUAAGCAAUGCCUUUCGCUCGGUGCCGCUGGCAGAGGAGGAAGAUUUUGAUAGCAAGGAGUGGGUGAUCAUAGAUAAAGAAACUGAGCUCAAGGACUUCCAUCCAGGGGCUGAGCCCAGUACUUCUGGGACUACUGAUGAAGAGCCUGAGGAGCUGAGACCCUUGGAAGAUGGGGAGGAUCGACGGAGGCCUGGAGGGGCAGAAGCAGCUGUAAGACCAAAGGUCCAUGAUGCUAGGCCGAGAGCCAUGCAAACAGUAGCAGAGGAAGAGACAUCCUCUCGAAAUGAGGGGCCAGACAGGCCUGAUGCUGCUCCUGGGAGUCCAUCACAUUCUCAUUCUACGUCCUUAACACGGCAGCGGAGACGAGAAUCUGAUCCAAGCGGACCUCAGAGACAGGUUCUCAGCCUGAAGCACCUGGAGUUGAAUGCUGUGCCCAGGGUGGUGCCUUUAAGUUUGCCUUACCAAGAUUUCAAGAAGGACAUAUCUGACAGCAAGGAAAUGCUGCGGGUCCCACUCCGAAUCAAGCGAGUGGACUUCUCUAGUGUGGUCCUGCCGGCUGUGUAUGCUACAGAGCCUCAUAUCAUCAUUAAUGGGCGGGCCCCACAUCAGCAAGAGGAGGAAGAGGCUGAAGAAGAGGCAGAAUUUUUAGGAGAAGAUCUUGAACUCCAAAGUGGAUCCAGCAGUGUGGUAAGCCAGAAGAGCACCGAACGCAGCCAGGAAGGAGCUCCCUCCACCCUGUUGGCUGAUGACCAGAAGGAUUCGAGGGGUAAAGCCUCCACAGCAGAGAAUGAUUUGGAGCUGGAAGAGGGAUCAAAGACCUUAGUGCUGUUUUCCCCUGGGGACAUAAAAAGGUCCCCAGUUACUAAUGAACUGAUGCCUGAGGUUGAUCUAGGAACUCUUGCUGUGCUGACCCCACAAGCGGAGAGGCUGCAGCCCCUAGGUAGCCAACUGGAUGUCUCUGAACCAGGGACUUUAUCCUCUGUUCUCAAAUCAGAACCCAAACCAUAUUGCUCAGUAUCUGCUACCACUUCCUCCCCCUUUACCAAAGUUGAACGUACGUUUGUUCAUAUUGCCGAAAAGACACAUUUAAACGUCAUGUCUUCCAAUGGACAGCUCUUGAGGCUCGAUGAACACUGCACCCCAGGGCAGUUUGAAGAGCCCAUUAUUGAAGAAGAAACAGAGGACCACGAGCAACUAAGAGAGAAUGGAAACCUCAAUUCUGCAGUGGAAAUGGGAGAGAUGGACAGCUGUGCUGUGUCAGCAAGCCCUGCCAAUAUCUUAGCUGAACCUCAAAUAGUGCCCAGUGUAGGCAAUGGAAUCAAUGUAUCCCAGUCACAGCUGGUUAAAGAACCCAUCAACGUGACUUGUGAAGAGGUUACUGAGCAGGAACAGAAAGAUUUUGUAUUUGCCACUGAUCGCCUUAAAGAAACCAAGCAAUGCCCCAGCAAGAGCAUUAACAAACCUACUGGGCUUCACUUCAGGAGCAGAAUCCCUGUGUUUUUAUCUGAAGAAGAUACCGGGUCAGAUCAGUCCAUGUCACAUUCAGCCAAAGAAAGGUUCCAUAAAAGGACCAAACAGUUGGAUUUAGCCCGCCUGGUAAUGGAAAAAAGGCAGCUGAGGCUGCAAAGAUUGGCUUCUGCAGGCUCAUCUUCUGCCUCUUCCAGUGAUGACAGGAGGAGGACAUCAGAAACUCUUUCCACCACAGGCUCGGAGGAGGACACGCAUGAUUCCGAUGACUCUGUCCCAAGGAAGGUGGGAAAGGAGAAAGUUGUUCCUCCAAGAAAAGAAGAUGGAGCAAUCAGUGUCCGAAGCAAAAUUCCCCGUCCCAUUACUCCAGUGAAGAGCAUCUACCCAGUGGUUCCACCAGUAUCAACCAGUAGCAACCUAAGAGAAUCUUUAAUGGCACAGCGGUUCCAGCUCCCAAGAUCUGCAGUUAGUGGAGGUGUAAGCUCUUCUACUGAGUUCAGGCCCAAAGCCCUGAAUAUGAGGUUUCCUCCCCUAUCCAGUCCAAUAUCUAGCAGAAGCAAUGUGAAGAGAGCCAGCCGUGUUCCUCCCAAAAGUCCAGAGGAUCCUGCACGAACACUUGGUGCAUCUUCACGGAGUCAAUCGCUUUCAAGAACCGAAAGUCCAUCCCCAUCACAACAAAAAAGGCCAACUGCCAGUACCCCCCGAGUAUAUACUUCCCCAAAGCUCCAACCCCGGGCACAGACCCAGGGGGAAUGCCCAGCAACUCCAGCAUUUCCACGGAAAGGACAAAGACUAAAAGUCCAAACAUCAAGUCUGGCAACCAAAGGAAGGCAAGUUGCUGGGGAUGGUAGAUAAUGGCACCCAUCAUGGUACCUGGGUUCACAUCCUACAGUAGCCAUAGAACGGACCAGGAGGGAAAAGUGCAAUGCUUUGCUCACUUUCUAAAGCUUAAUACAUGCGCUUUCGGAGACAUGCUCCCACCCGCAGGAGGACUAAGCCAAUCAGCAGGGAAUAUGGGAGUUUUUUUAGAACUCUACAUCCAACACUGGGGCUUUUAUGCAGUAACAUUGGUGGUAAGAUAAUGGAUUAAUGCACAGACCUACUAACUUUGGUUAGAGAUGGGAGAAUCCCCUUUCUAGUCCUGGUGGGGCAGUGCUCCUGUGUAUCUGCACUGCCCAACAUACCUUGGCCAUACAUGUAAGAUCCUCCGCAGCAUUGGUGGGAAAAUAACCAAUCAAUGCUCUGUUUUGGCAGCACAGCCCUAUGCACCAUAGGCAGACAUAUAAAACUCACCCCCAUAGGAUUGGCAGGAAUAUAACAAUCAAUUCUUCUGUUUAGCAGCACAUUCCUACACACCGUGGGCAGACAUGUAAGAACCACCCCGCUCUAGGAUUUGUGGAAUUAUAACCAAUCAGUGCUCCUGUUUAGCAGCACCGCUCUACACACCAUAGUACAUACAUGACAAUGCUCUUCUUUUGCGCCCCAGCUCCAGGAUCAUUAAUUAUCCAAUUGAAAGCUUUACGUUAAACAGUCACACUGGGUUUACUCUCAUUACCCACAUUGGUUUCACCUACAACAUCUUAACUGGAUCCAUAAUGGCUUAUAUUUCCCAUGUAUAACCAUUUCAGUGACCCCCAUCUCACAUACAUUGUGCUUCCCUAGUGAAAUUAAGCUUUGCCUUUGCAAAUGGACCCAGGGAUCCACAAUUUCCCUAUCAGAGGGGUCUGAACCCCUCUCUAGACUGAGAGGGGUUUUAUUGUUUGGAUAUAUGUCCACUUUAUACAACACCAACAAAUUCCCACAGUGCUUCAGUCAUGUUGUACAAACACGCUCCGUGCCGUGUCCAUCACACAAGGCCAGUGAGGGUAACCAGAGAGCGGCCAUGGUUGUAUCAUAUGUACCGUGUCUGCACUGAAGGGUAAAUCACAUUUUGGCACUCAAUAGAAAGAUCCAAAGUCGUUCUUUUGUCGUUUCUAGUAAAAGUUCUAGCCCGAUAUAGCCAACCUGAGAAUAUUGAUGUUUUUAUCUACAGGUUAGACAACAGGGCAAAAUUGGUUGGUUGGGUAAAACUGUGGGCAAUAAUUUGGGGUUAUUCAGUAUAAUGAUCGGCCAUGUACAGGAAUUAGGAAUGGACUGUUGGAGGCCGGGCUUGCACUUGCUCAGAUCAGUAUCCCGAUGCUAUGAAUGGUACAUGACUGGUUGCUAACCCAAUCCAACUAUAUUACUCUCACUGCAAAACUCAAUGACUGGGGCAAUGCCCCAACGUUUACACACUUCGAGCUGAAUGUAACCCCCACCAUCUUAUUCCCACCGGAUGUUGUCCUUCCCACAGGCAUGACAGUGGGGCCAGAGCCACUCUGUGAAAAGGACUCCCCCAGUCCAACUGUAGGGGGACCAGCUAUAUCAUGCUUAUUCUUUCCAUCAAACCAUCCCAUAAUAUCAAUAAACAAAGCCUGCUGUAAA